AUGGCGAACGCGUUAGACCAUCUCUCCAACAGGAUGAAGCUGGAGUGGCAUUCUCAGCUGGAUACGGAGUACAAGCCGACCAAUAACUACCGCCGCACCUCCAUUAUCUGCACUAUUGGUCCAAAGACAAAUUCAGUUGAGAAGAUUAAUAUGCUUCGUGAAGCUGGUCUCAAUGUUGUCCGCAUGAACUUCUCCCAUGGAACUCACGAGUACCACAAAUCUGUCAUUGAUAACGCCAGAGAAGCUGAACGCUUCCAAGCCGGCCGUCCACUCGCAAUUGCCCUUGAUACCAAAGGACCUGAGAUUCGUACUGGCAACACUCCCGGUGACAAGGAUAUUCCAAUCAAGGAGGGAACGGAAUUGAACAUUACAACCGACGAUCAAUAUGCCACCUGCAGUGAUGACAAGAACAUGUACGUCGACUACAAGAACAUUACCAAAGUCAUCUCCAAGGGUAGGCUGGUAUACGUAGACGACGGUGUCCUCUCCUUCGAAGUUCUCGAUAUCGUCGACGACAAGACCCUGCGCGUCAAGUGUCUGAACAAUGGCAACAUCUCAUCCAAAAAGGGUGUCAACCUUCCUGGAACAGACGUUGAUCUCCCUGCCCUCUCUGAAAAAGACAAGCAGGAUCUCAAGUUCGGUGUCGAAAACGGCGUAGACAUGAUCUUCGCCUCCUUCAUCCGUCACGGAAGUGACAUCAGGGACAUCCGGGCUGUCCUGGGUGAGGCCGGAAAGGAGAUCCAGAUCAUCGCCAAGAUCGAAAACCAACAAGGAAUGAACAACUUUGACGAGAUUCUGCAAGAGACUGACGGCGUCAUGGUUGCUCGUGGUGAUCUCGGGAUUGAAAUACCCGCCGCAAAGGUCUUUAUCGCCCAAAAGAUGAUGAUUGCCAAGUGCAAUAUCAAGGGCAAGCCAGUCAUUUGCGCCACUCAGAUGCUUGAGUCCAUGACCUAUAACCCACGUCCAACCCGUGCGGAGGUAUCUGAUGUCGCCAAUGCCGUGCUUGAUGGCGCAGACUGCGUCAUGUUGUCCGGUGAGACUGCCAAGGGCAACUAUCCCAAGGAAGCCGUAGUGAUGAUGCACGAGACCUGUCUUCUCGCCGAAGUUGCGAUCCCAUACGUCAGCGUGUUCGACGAGCUGCGCAACCUUGCCCCUAGACCAGCGGAUACUCUGGAAUCUAUCGCCAUGGCUGCUGUUUCCGCCAGUUUGGAACUAAACGCCAGUGCCAUCUUGGUCCUCACCACUUCCGGAAACACUGCUCGUCUGCUAUCCAAGUACCGUCCAGUCUGCCCAAUCAUCAUGGUCACUCGCAACCCAAGAGCCGCACGAUACUCUCAUCUAUACCGUGGCGUCUACCCUUUUAUCUUCAACGAGCCCAAGCCCGACUAUAACGUCACCGAGUGGCAGAAAAACGUCGAUCUCCGUCUCAAAUGGGGUAUUGCUCAAGCUAUUGAGCUCAAGAUCAUUUCCAAGGGCACUUCAGUGGUCUGUGUUCAAGGCUGGCGCGGUGGCCAGGGACACACCAACACCAUUCGUGUCGUCCCCGCUGAACCAGACCACCUCGGCCUCGUUUAA